CUACAGUAUAACUAUGUUUCUUCGUAAAUUUCCAGACGCUGGUCUCAAGCCGUAUAUUCGCCUGGAGACUACGAUAUCGUUAUCGAUCUGAAAGCAGCGCCAACGAAGGCAAUAUUCCGAGGUGGCGUACGGAACAGAGGAUGCUUGUUGCUAAACCUGGAGUGGCCUUACCAUGCUGAGAAACGUUGAGAUACCAGUCCUCGAAAGAGGAGCAGCGACUCUGUCAGACCAACUGGAUCGUAUGAGCUCAUGCAAUCCCUUCCAAAUCCUUUUAGUGCUUGAUCAGGAGCUUAAGAUUGAUACAUCUCAAUUGACACAACCUCCAACAACCGACAAGAUGCUUAAAUCAUAGCGGAGUUUCAAUUCCGAACAUGCUUUGAACUGCACGUCAUUCUCUACGUGCUAACCUGAUCACCUGUCGUCAGAGUCAAACCCGGCGCUUGUUAGUCAAACACCCGAUCGGAAUGAACAACUUUAUUUUCAAGGGCUCCACACGCGUGCG